GCUGAACGCGCCCUCUGGGGAAGCAAAUGGGUAACAUGGUGGUCGUUCGCAGCCGGCAGGAUGGCUCUCCGGUGUUGAACAACCAAUAUAUCGAUUUCAUACACGCCCUCGGCAGAGAUGCGCUCCACACUCUUCCCGACGUCGGCAGCCUCAGAUCUACGGCCAACUUCCUCGCGCAAGUCGACUUCUCGGCUGCCGUCCUGCGCAAUCGCCUGGGCCGCUGCCUGGCGGCCAAGGGACUGCACACCAUCAUCGCCUUCGACGCUCAGCUGGAGAGCCCUCUGCUGCUCAAGGCCAUCUGGCUGGUGGACACGCAGCAGUGGACCGAGGUGGUCAGCGCGCUGAAGUUGGCGGUGCAGCUGGGCCGCUGCCACCUACCGGUCACCAUCGCAGGGCAGGAUCUACAAAGACACACCACCAAACAGGUGAAUAGGACACAGGAGAACUGCGCAAGGAGCAAUGGGUGAAGGUGUGUGUUUGUUGGUGCAGGCGUAUCUGGCUGAGCCCCGUGUGGUUGCUUUCUGGAAGAUGAUCGGCAGACACGUCGAGUUCGGUGGAGACCUGGGUCGUUUUGAGCUGUUUGAUGCGCCCGGAAGCCGCAUGCAUGCCAUCAAGGACGAGCCGGGAUACGAGCUGACUCUCCACCCCACCCUCCCAGGCGGCCACCCAUUUCAGGCGCACGUCCACAACGACAACCCGCCCAUCGAGCACCGCAUCGGCUUCACCACAGAGGGCGGCGGAUGGGUGGCAGGCGGAGCGCGCGUCGAGGCCUCGGCCUUGUCAUUCAUCAUGAACAAGAUCCUCGACCCAUCGAGAGAGGGCCUCGCGCAGUCGACCGACGCAUGGGUGGACCGGUCAGUCAUCUGAUCCAUGGACGUGACGUUGGUACACAUCCAUCCCAUUCUUCCCGCUGUGAGUGCGGAUGUGUGUGUGCACAGGCGUGUUAAUGGUAAUCGGCUGGGCAACAUGCUCGCGGUCUCGGUGCACAACCCACCCGAAAACGCCUACGCUGUGACGGCCUACACGCAAGAAGCCGCUGGGGCAUACUCAGAAGUACGCGACCUCCUCAUCACGGCGCUCGACAGCCCCAUUGUGGCCUACGUCGAAUUGGUCUCGCUCAACCCCCUGCUCCCAAUGGGUGCGGUGCAACACGGGAAACGACAAACAAGAGACUUUAAGGAUGGGCUUUGCUGAAUUGAUGCUAUCCGAUGGUUUCGUGUGCAGUACAGGUGAGGGUCAGGACAAACGAGGCGGACGCCACGGCCCAGGACGCCCAGUAGAGGCGCACGCACGACCGACGGUGGAUCACUGCUUAAGGUGAGUUUGGUGGCGGCCUUUUUGUGCACCGCUAAUAUGCCUGUGACUGCCAUCUGCGUGUGUGUGUGUGUCACUUUAUGUGUGAAGGUGUAGCUGGCAAUGGUGCGAAACCAAUUGGGCAAUCUGCAGUUAAUGAGUAUCACUGAUUGGUCGGCUGGCCGGAGGAUGGUUAUCAGAAGCACGGACUCAAACUGUCACGGCAGAUAUAAUGAGAAGCAGCCGCUCUGUCACCGGCAGCCUGCGUCCGCAUGUGAAGAUGGAUUACAUGGCCUUUUUUUCGAUAGACCGUUUUGUGUGUCCGCCCAGGAAGCCGAC